UCCUAUUACUGCAACUCAGCAAAAGAAGCUCUGACAGGAUGAUGGCUCGCGUCUCGCUGCUUGGGCUCUGUCUCCUGUCUAUCACACAGACAACUGCCUCCGCAGCUCAGGUGCUGACGUUUGCUGCACCAGGAGACAGCGUCACGCUGCCGUGUGCCCUGACCUCCAGCAGAGACUGCUCCUCCGUCAAGUGGAGCGUGGCAGGAGAGUUCCACUCACUCACUGAGGUGGUGAGAUCUCCACGACUCGUCCUGCUGCAGGACUGCUCUCUGAGGAUUGAACAGCUGGAAGUCAACGACGCACGCCUUUACGUCUGUGCCAGUGGAGCGCUUAGUUCAAAUGUUUCACUGCAGCUCCUUAACAUUACUGAGAAUCCAAAUGUGGAGGAGGGGAAGAUUGAACUUCAUUGUUUCCUUAAUAAAUAUAGAGGACUCAGUACCUGUAAAAACACAGGGAUACAUUUAAACUGGACUACUGAGGAUAACACACCAAUACACGGAAACAGAUUCAACUUCGGACAUCCUUCAGAAUGCUUCUCCAAACUGAUCAUCAACCACAAACCCACAGACCAUCACAGAAAAUGGAAAUGCCGACUAACUCAGGGCGACGCGGUGAAGGCGAGCGUCAGCUACACAACAACAGUUCCAGAUGGUGUAGAGGAAGUGUUCUCUGCAGCGGGUGAGUCAGUGUCACUCACUUGCAGCCACACUUCCUCUCCUGGUGUCGGUGUUGUGUGGGCCGCGGGUGAACGGCUCCAAAUCUCCCCCGAUCAAGGUCAAUCGGGCGCAUUUCGCGUAAAUCCAGACCUGUCGCUGACCAUCGGCCGCGUGAGCGCGCAGCAUGCGGGUCAGUACCGGUGCUCCGCCGCUCAGAAGGUGCUGAACACAGUCAGGCUGCACGUUCUAGACGUGACGUCACAACGUGCACCGGGACAAGGUAAUGUCACCUUAACUUGCGUGCUCACGUGUGCCAACGCAUGUGAAGGAGACUUCAAUCUCACUUGGUCUGGAAGAAGCAAGACCAGCUGGCAGAGUGGGUCGACGUGGGCCAACAACACGCUUACGAGCACGCUGGUUCUCCCGGUCGGGUCGGCGGCACCGGAAGAAAUGAGCUGCUCCGUGCAAAGGGAGGAGGAGGUGACGGCGUCGAAGACGUGGCGCCGCAGCUGCCUUAAGUUUGACGCGGCUCCACAAACGCUGGCGUGGCUGGGCCUUCCUCUGGGCCUCCUGACGUGUGGAACGGCCGGAGGAGUCUUCAUGUACAGGAAGAGGAAGAAGAGGCGCGACCACGACGCAGGGAAUCAACAGACGGGUUUUGGAAUGAGUCACGUUUAUGAGGUUGUUCAUUAUUUAAAUAAUGAGGAACUACAACAGGGGAGGCCGACUGAAGGAGAAGCAGCUGCAACUGACAGUUUCUAUCAUUUACCGCAGGCCGACAAACAACAGUAGAGAAAUGCGUGAUUUUGUCUUUCUUUAUGGAUUAAAAAAAAUGUUUUCCACAAAAUGCACAUAAAUACAGUCACAAUCAUUUGCAUUUUCCUGCAGGCGGCUGUUCCCACUGAUUUAAGAAGUUUAUUAAUGGAUUCAUUAAAGUUAAUCUGUUUCACUGGCUCAUGUAAAAUAUUGCAGAUUAUCAAAAAGGAUCAAAAAAUUAAUAAAACCACAAAGUCAAACAA